AUGGCAACUACCGCAUCUUCACAGGCGGCCAGGCAGGAUCCGACAUUUCGAAAUUAUGAUUCCGCGUCGGCGCAGAGAUACCUCCAGCAUCGUCCUGGCUACGCAGACAAGGUCAUCGAUCUUGUCAUAUCCCACCACACGUCUUCAGGUGGAGACCUGAACGUGGUCGUUGACGUGGGUUGCGGUCCAGGCAUCGCGACGAGGUCUCUCGCACCACAUUUUCAACAUGCCAUUGGGGCAGAUCCGGGCCAGAGCAUGAUUGAGGCCGCGAGAACUGUUCCGAGCUCAACGAAGUCGGGGGCACCUAUUACAUACGAGGUCUCUUCAGCCGAAAGCUUGAGCAACUUGUCAGCCCUGAAACAGUUCUCGACGGACGGGUCGAGCUGUGUGGAUCUCAUCACGGCCGCCACGGCCGCGCACUGGUUCGACAUGCCCCAUUUCUGGGGGGAGGCGGCCAAGAUACUCAAGCCUGGUGGGAGUGUUAUCAUAUGGUGCUUUGCGGGCUACAGUAUUGACCCCAAUACUACUCCCAACGGGCACAAGCUGCGGGAAUUCUUCAAGAAGUUUGAAGAGGAGACGCUCGCUCCUUAUGAACUGCCAGGAAACAGGAUCAGUCGCGAGAUGUAUAUCGACCUAGGCAUGCCCUGGGAAUGUAUCGACCGUCUUGACGCAAAUGACCAGAGCUUGAAAAAGCUCCUCGAAGAGUUUGACGAGAAAGACUUUGUCAGGCUGGAAUUCAACAAAGACGGAAAGGUGGCGCCGGGCGAGGACUUUUUUACCGGAACCACGCGAACGGACUUCGCUAGAGUCAAGGCUUUGAUGGGAACCGCCAGUCCUGUCACGCGCUGGCGAGAAGCAAACAGGGAGAAGGUAGAGAGGGGAGAACUCGAGGACGUGAUGGACAACUUCGUCAGGCGCUCUAAGGAGAUCAUGGAGGAAGUGCCAGAAGGCAAGGGCAGGGACUGGAUUGACAGCGGCAGCGCGCUGGUUGUAUUGGUGGUGAAGAAGAGGAAGUAG